GCUUGGGGAAGUGGGCACUCCGAGCUGGAGCAGCAGUGGAGCUGCAGCAUGGAUUGAGAGCCAAGCUCUCCCCUUCUUACCCCGAACCCAAACCAUGGAUUUCUAAACCCGGGGAAAACCUCCCAAUGUUCCCGGAACCCAGCCCGAUGCCAUCAGAGCACUAGACAUGGGGAAACUUCACUCCAAACAUGCCGCCGUUUGCAAACCCAGAGAAAGUCCCGAAGGUGACAGUUUUGUGGUGAACGCUUGUUUGAGUCGGAAGGGGCUGGAGGACUGGAUCGUCAAACAUAGGAACAACCCGGGCUCCCAGCGAGCAGGCUGGAGACUUUCUACUGCGGGAUCAGCUGGUGAAUAUAGCCGAGAAGGAUACAGUGAAGAACAUUAUCCUUUAGAAGUUGCCCUACCUCCAGAGAACACUGAUGACUUCAAUAUUACAACUGAAAAGAAAAUGGAAAAAGAAGGAACUGGACAAAGUGGUGUGAAGAAACAACUGAAAUUUGAAGAGUUGGAAUGUGAUGUUUCAGUAGAAGAUGACAACAGGCAAGAAUGGACCUUCACACUCUAUGACUUCGAUAACAAUGGGAAAGUCACUCGUGAGGAUAUCACUAGUCUUCUGCACACAAUCUAUGAGGUGGUCGAUGCAUCUGUGAACCACUCACCGAGUUCCAGUAAAACAUUGCGGGUAAAGCUAACUGUGACGCCUGAUGCAAGCCAGAAAAAUAAAGACAAUCAAACAGAUGUUAACAAUUCAUGGCAAAGGCCUGAAAAUAAAUGUACGGAGGAGUCAAAGAAUUUUGAGAAGAAAACCCGUGCUCCCCUCAGACGUCACAACAGUGACCAGCAUCCCCCACAAAAUAACUGCCAUCGCCACUGUGUGGAUGAAAACAUAGAAAGGAGAAACCAUUACCUUGACUUGGCAGGGAUAGAAAACUACACCUCAAAAUUUGGACCAGGUUCACCUCCAGUGGCAUCUCGAAAGGAAAAUCAUGUGAAAGCUUCUCAACAUGCCAGAUCCCGUUCCCAUGAUCCUGAGGUCAUGCACAGUCACCAUAGGCGAUCUCAAACUGUGGAUGCAGGGCACAGUCACCUUAAUCAUUCUUCAUACACUCGGAUGAUUGAAUUACAGCAAAGACUACGUAAUCAGGAUAGUAGCAAGCACUUAGUCAAGUCGCCGAGACCCCUGAGCAAAAAUAUGAUGGCGUCAGUCCAGGCUGGAAGGAUUGGCAAGAACAAGUCUUCACAGAGCCCCUACAUGCCACUGACCUCCACUCCUGUUGUAGUCAGCCCAAAUAUUCCAUAUCUACCCAUGCAGCUUGGUCAACAACAUCAACAGAGUCACAAGAAACACAAACAAAGAUCUAAGGAUAACCAUCAAGUGUAUAAAGCCUUCCAGCCCCCUUCAAGAGUAGUAGAGCAAGAGCAUGUGAGGGAUUUGCCUUCCCUUAUGCUAUACGAAGGCCAUGUUGGUCGGAUUGUUCAGAGACAUGAACAUCAUCACCACCAUGAACAUCAUCACCACUACCAUCAUUUCUACCAGACAUGAACAGGGAAGACCAGGAUAUUCAAUAAGAACUAAAAGCCACAAUAUUCAGUUUGAAGGAGAGAUUUCUGACUGGAUUUUAUCACCUUCAGUCCACACAGUAUUGUUGAUAUUAAUUAUAAGAUGCAAAGUUCAUUACUUUGACAGUGAAUAAUAAUGACAUGAAGUGAAACUCGAAGACUUUUGAACAGCUGGCUACCUCUCGUGUUAAUUCAGAUUUUAUUUUCUUUAACCUUUAAAAUGUGCCACCGGGGGUUUUAAUGUCCUGCAUACUUGUAACUUUUUUGUGUUGUCCGGAGUAUCAUUUGCAUUUCUGUAUAUGAAAUAUUUUCUGUACUAAGAUUCAUGUUAACCAUAUUUGACAACUCUACAGUUGUUAUAAUACUGUAGUUUUAAUUCUUCCUUCUGGAGUCAAAUUGUUUUCUACCUUUUUGAGAUGUAGCCUAAAGGAAAGAAACGCUGCUAAGUGUUCUGAAAGAUUUGUGCUGAGAUAUGGUGCAUUUUUUUCGUACCUUAUUUGAUUGUUUAAAUUCAUUUUCUUUCUGGUGAACAGUUGUUGAUUUUGAAUGUUUUGUGACUGAACACCAGUUCGAAUUCUUUUGAAAUAUCAAAGACAGUGGCAUGUCUCCCAGGUUGGUUCUAAUCUGACUGCAUAUAUGUGGAGUGAAUGGCUUAGUCAAAUCUGUGCAUAAUUUUUCAAAACUUUGUGCAGUAGUUAGUGCACAGUGUUGCACAUUGGAGGCUUACCGUCUAAAGUUCUUGGAUGUCGUCACUCACAUGCGUUUCAGAAAUGUAUGCAGUGGAAGUUCUAAGAAUGUGUAUGAAUGCAACUAACCCCAAUAUUAUAGCACUGAAAUUCUGUCACUCCAGUCCCACCAACUGGAGAAAUUCAAGGUCACCAUAACAGUUGACCCUGUGUUAUGGGACUGUGUGACACCGAAGGUGCAAUGCUCUAUACACAUUUCAGAGAAGUUAACAAGUAUAUAUUCUAUCUCAGGUGCAUUUUCUUUUAAAACUGUGGUUUGACUUUUUCUUGAAAUAGAAGUCUUUUCUGAGAGGAAUGACAAUGGACUUCUUCAUGAGUGGUGCACAGGGAAGAUGGGACACAACUUGAUACAGCCAACUUCAGUUUUCAAGUAGUGUCUCUAACUUUUAUUGAACUAGCAUAGGAGAUAAUCAAAUGAAGAUACCUCACCUAUAAUGAUAUUCAGAAGCCUGUUGGGAGUUAGUUGUGGUGAGUCUUUUGCACAAAUGGAAGAAGGCUGUGAACGAGUGAGAUAUCCUGAUAAUUGUAUAGUGUCUCAACUGUACCACAGAGGAAUUCUACAACACUGCAUGCUGCUGUUGAUGAUUAAAUGUUCAGCCCUUUACACACAGCAAUGAAGAUGUCCCUGCAAAAAAAAUCAGUUUUGCAUCAGAAAAAGCUUAGUAGUAAAUUUCAAUGCUUGUUUCAGAUCAGAAAUUGAUUAGAGAAUUAUUCUUGUAUUAAGCAGCAAAAUAAACUUAAAUCACACGGUAGACUAUUGUUACCGUUAAGGUCAUGUGAUGUAUUACCAAUAAUGAUUGAUUUUGGGGAGGAUAACCUUUUACAGUCCGCUUGGAAAUUGUGUCAGUUAAACUGACACAGCUUUGUGUGUUAUGCAGAGUAGAACAACACAGACUGAAGUAGGUAUGUUUACCCCAUGUUCACAUUUAUUCUGAUAUAUCACCUGCAGUACGUUGCUGUGUGAAUUGGGCUUUCUUUCACAGCUGUGAAAAAAGACACGUCCAGUUUCUAUAGGCGUGAAAAGACAGUGCCGUGGGCAGUGAAAUCACCACUCUCAAAUUAUAGAAGGAAAUGUUUAAAGAAUAUGCUGUUUUAUUGCAACAACGUCCUUGAAGAAAAAAUUCUAAGCAUAUUUCAAGGAUUCUUUUCAGAUUUACUAAGGAAUUAAGGAGGCCAUGAACUUUUUCAUUUAUAUGAACUUAGACAGAGUUGUACCUUGAUGCUAGGUAUGUUACAAACACUGCUCAUGUAGCGGUCUUUCCCUUCUAAGUAUACUUUGUAUUUAUAAAAUAUAUAUUGGACUGAAAAUGACAUGUCUGCUAAGCAUAUUGGUUUUUUUUGGUGUCAUAGUUUUUUUUUAAUUAUUAGCAAUCCUGUGUUAACAAACUUGAGUCUAAUGCAAUCUUGUUUCCAUCACUAGUAUAUCUUACACAUUGUGUACAUUCCCAACAUGUGUAGUGUUUUCUGACAGCCAUGUAGAAGAACAGUGUUUAAAUUUGCAUUGACUACAUAUUGUACCAUUCAGUUGUAAAACUAUUUGUGUAACGCAAUCAUGUUCCCUUCGGAAAUAAGUUUUUUUGGUAUCCCUUUAAUUAAAUAUAUCUUUUCAGUA